AUGAAGUGUCUUUGAUGACAACUGUCAACAUUUAUUUUAAUUUUCAUUUAUGUUUGGUAUUUUUACCAAUCUCUAUUUAUGUACAAAAAUAAUUUAUAUUCGCACAAUUUAAAAUGGCAAACACUUCGAAUUCUACUGGCAUUCCAGAUUUAUCUUGGCAGCCUCCAUUUAUAACUUUCGAAACAACGAUGGGAACAAUAAUAAUCGAACUUUAUUGGAAACAUGCACCAAAUACAUGUCGAAACAUUGCCGAGCUAACACGUCGCGGAUAUUACAACAACACAGUCUUCCAUCGCAUCAUUCCGGACUUCAUGAUUCAAGGAGGUGAUCCAACUGGCACAGGUCGCGGAGGACAAUCAAUUUAUGGUCCACAAUUCCAGGAUGAAAUUCAUACCGAUCUUAAACAUACAGGUGCCGGUAUCUUAUCAAUGGCGAAUUCCGGUCCUGACACAAAUGGAUCUCAGUUUUUUAUCACUUUGGCUCCAACUCAAUGGUUAGACGGGAAACAUAGUAUUUUCGGGCGUAUAUAUGACGGAAUGAAAGUAGUAAAGAGAUUGGGAAUGGUACAAACAGAUAAGACUGAUCGUCCUGUAGAUUCAGUAAAAAUUUUAAAAGGAUACAUAGAAAAUUGAAAAGAUUUUUGAAAAAAAAGUAAUAAAUAAAACAAUACACUUAA